AGAUGUCCGGCUGCUUUUUCGCUUUCCUUCCUGAGCCAGCUGGCGCAUGGCCAUGGCCGCCUCCUCCGCCUCCUCCUCCUCCCCACUCCUCUUCCAUUUCGCCCCGGUCCGGUUCGCCGCCGCUCCGGUCCACCUCCCGGUCCGGUUCACCCCCCCGAACCGCCCCUCCUCUGCCGCCGCCGGCGCCGCCGCUCGCCGGAACCCUAUCCGGCCGGUGUCCUCCUCCGCCGCCGCCGCCGGCGCCUUCGCUACUCCGCUCAUCUCCCCCCACGACCAAUGGGGCACGUGGGCCGCCGCCUUCGCCGCCGCCGCCUUCGGGAUAUGGUCGGAGAGGACCAAGCUGGGGAGCACAUUGAGUGGCGCGCUGGUGAGCACGCUGGUGGGCCUGGCAGCCAGCAGUGCUGGGAUCAUCCCCGCCGACGCUCCGGCAUACGGAGUGGUGUUGGAGUAUUUGCUGCUGUUGGCCGUACCGUUGCUCCUCUUCAAUGCCGACCUUCGCCGGGUGGUCCGGUCCACCGGAGCCAUGCUCUUGGCCUUUCUGAUCGGAUCGGUUGCAACGAUAAUUGGCACGGUCGUCGCGUAUUUAUUGAUACCGAUGAGAUCGCUAGGACAAGACAGUUGGAAGAUUGCAGCAGCACUCAUGAGUAGUUACAUCGGAGGAACCGUCAAUUUCGUUGCCGUCUCAGAAGCUCUUGGCGUUUCUCCAUCAGUUUUAGCGGCAGGGGUGGCUGUCGACAACGUCAUCUGCGCGGUAUAUUUCACAUUACUUUUUGCUUUAGCAUCUAAAGUACCACCAGAAGCUACAACUUCCACUGCAGGUGUUCAACUGGAUUCUGAAUCUAAGAGAGAAAACAAGUUACCUGUACUAGAAAGCGCUACGGCGAUCGCUGUAUCCUUCGCAAUCUGCAAAGUAGCUGCAUAUAUAACUAAUAAGUUGGGCACUCAGGGAGGGAUUCUCCCCUGCGUUACGGCUAUUGUGGUCGCCAUGGCGACCUUGUUUCCUUCACAGAUUGGAGCCCUCGCCCCUGCCGGUGAGGCCAUGGCUUUGAUUCUUAUGCAGGUGUUCUUCGCGGUGGUGGGAGCAAACGGUAGCAUUUCAAACGCGCUCACGACGGCGCCGAGCAUCUUCUUAUUCGCGUCGGUGCAAGUGCUGGUCCAUCUUCUAGUGAUCCUAGGAGUCGGACGGCUCCUUCGGUUCGAUCUCAAGUUACUUCUCAUAGCUUCAAAUGCCAACAUCGGCGGCCCGACAACAGCUUGUGCAAUGGCGACCGCGAAAGGCUGGAGUUCCAUGAUCAUUCCCGGUAUCCUCGCAGGCAUCUUCGGAAUCGCCAUCGCGACGUUUCUGGGAAUAGGCUUUGGAUUGUUCGUUCUGAGACAUAUUUAAUGGUUUGCGAGUUUGGUUGCAAAUAGAAAUUUUGUGCAUUCCUAUUGACAUAUCAUCUUGCAAUGUAAUGCCAUAGCUUAUUUGUGCAUAAAACUUACACUGUCUAAUCAGUAUUCGAGAUACCUACCAACUGUGCUAUAGGAUAAUCUUCAAACGAACAUGUAAUGUUGAUGUCUAACUUGCGUAAAAGUAUAAGAUUUUGUUUUUCUUUUUCGCUUUGUUUCAA